AUGGAGCAAGUCCCAGGCAUGCCGGACAGCCUCCCACCAUUAGCCCUCUACCCAGAACCAAACGUCAAAGCCAGCCUACCGCCUGCGGAGUGGGAAGUAUGCGUUGACUCCUGGUUGUUCAGUCUGGAAUUUCGCCUCCGGUUACCAGACAGAGACUUCUCCAAAUUGAAGUUCGGCACGGAGGCCAGUGGCGUGGCUUUUCUCGCGUCACUCUUCAGGUCAAGUCAAGCAGAGGAUGGGAAACAACCAUCGAACCACUCGCAGAAGGAGAGACUGUUGGUGAAGCGCGCAUAUUUGCUCUUGAGACGGCUUCUACUGGUCACGAACACGCCCUUGGACUACGACGCAGCAAACCUCGUGGAGCUAUUGUGUCAGGCGAGCAUGCACUAUGCAAUGGUGUCGGACUGGCGGGCGACGCUGAAGACGUUCUGGAAGAGGGAUCACUCCCAAAUGACGAACGCCGUCGAGGGCUGGAAGAAAGCCGUCUCGGCAGAUCUUGCAACGCAACCCGGCUCGGGAGUGCUUGCGGAGAGAAUGCGUGAAAUGAAUGCGUUUGUCAAGGUCUCCGCGGAUGCAGGUCUCGUGCUUAUGACGGGCUCAGACUACCUCGAGGCGCUGAUCGAGGCCUACAGUCGGUUGCAGACAUUACCUGAUACAGGCCAGUCCCAAAGAAUGCUGACUGAGCACAUCUUCUACUGCCUGCGAAGCCUUAUGUCGGACGGUUCUUCCCAUGGCCCGCUCCUGCUCGACCACCUCUACUUCAUGAAAUCAGAGGCCGAUCGACUUACGAAGGGAAAACCCAAUGAGCCAACGUUAACGUCAAACCUGGUUUGCAGUACAUCCUUCUUGAGGCACCUCGCAUCAGACUCUUCUGUGAGUUCUAGUAAGCGAGGUCAGGGUUUGCUAGAGUCACUUAGCACCUAUCGACAAAAUACAAGACAUUUGCACCCUCUAACCGGUGCAAGAAGACGGAAAAACGCAAAAGGCAAAGGCAAAGCUAAUGUGAACGAAGAGAUGCACAUUCAUAAGGCCUCGCAGAUAUCACAAGUGCAUGACCUCUUUCCCGAUCUUUCAACCGGGUAUAUUCUCAAGCUCCUCGACCAUUUCCAUGACGACCCGGAGGCCGUGGUGGCCGCGCUACUAGAGCCUGAUUCACUCCCGGCUGACCUGCGUGAUCGAGGCGCCUUCGAAGGACCCGAACUCGACGUUGCUGGACCAGCGCAUGAUCUUGCGCCACAUUCGACACCCCCACUGCUUCCAGAGAGGAAGAACAUAUUCGACGGAGAUGACUUCGACAAACUUCGCAUAUCUACAGGUCGGCUGCAUAGAGGACGGAAGGACAUCAGUCCUGACCGCACCGAAACGGAACAUAAGCAUGCACAACGCAAAGCGGCGAUAAUGUCGGCAUUGGCAGCGUUUGAUUCGGACGACGAUGAGCGGGACGACACUUACGAUAUUGCCGAUGUGGGUGGAACAGUAGAUUCCACGCUUGACACUGACACCAGGCCCAAGCAAGAGCGAGGUCCUGAGCAGAGUCCCCACGAAGAGACAUUAUUCCGAGCGUGGAAGGGCAACCAGGAGCUAUUCGCACGUGACAGCAAGACUCGGAUAUCCAAGGUCCGACAAGAUCUGAAACGCGAGACAGAGAUGAGUGAUGAACAGCUGGAAGGAUGGGCUAUCAUGCUGAAGAAGGACCCGAAAUUGCAAGAUCGGCUGGAAAAGAAAUACUCGGGCACCCAGACUUUCAGAGGAAGUCAGGUUGCCCUUGCUUCGACACGAUGGCAGGGGGACAAUACCCCUGAAGGUAGCGAGGGAGAAGGGGAGAGCGGAGGUCGACGGACACAGCAGCCGCAGACCAGGGGAAACCGCACUUGGGGCCGUGGGCGCGGUGGCGGAGGGAGUACUGCAGGCCCCAGUGGUGACGCAGGGACCCAGGCUGCGAGGAAGCGAAAGGAGCAAGGCAGAGGCAGGGGUGGAGCGAGCCACAAUAGACGCGAAGGGAGAGCCCGGAAGAUGGGCAGAGGUAUGGGAGGGGGUGCGGUACAGCAGUAG